CGGCGGCCCGGAGGACCCACGAGAGAGCCGGGCUCGACGCAUGGCUGUGGGUGCGAGCCAUGGACGCCUUCAUCCGCUUCGCCAACCAGAGCCAGGGCCGGGACCGACUUUUCAGGUGAGCCAGGUGCCGUCGGCCUCCAGCCCUGUCCCGUCCGGACCCAGUAUUUCCUCCCCUCGGAGAAGGAGGUAACAGUCCGGGAAAUCGAGGCACGAGGACGCGGCCAGCUCCCACUGGGAGUUGGGAUCCGAGCCCCUCCCCGCCCCCCCCAUUCAAUGGGGCUGUGCGCGCCAGCCACCCCGGUGCCUCUGGAUGUGACAGCAGUCUGUGAGCCCGCCUUGUCUCCUAACUUUACCCCAAAGAGGGAAACUGAGUCCCCAACGCUCAACUUCUUUCCUAGAGAUUUCUUUUCGAGAGAAACUUUGGAUUUCUUUUGUACCCAAGGAAGCAGGACACCCGUGGCUUGGAGCGCCAGAUGAAGUCCUCCCGGAAAGACAGUUUUAUCUUCUUGAUCUUACGUUUUGGCUCAGUCUGUGUCUUGGAGAUACUGAGUGUUAAAAAGCCUUGUAAACUGUAGAAAGUACAAUGGAAAAAGUGUUUGAACGAUACCUCCGAAGUACACGGUGUACUUUUGAAAAGCACCAAUGAGUGUCUGAAACUAAUCCUCCACUUAUUUUAAAAGAGAAAUUGGCCUGAAGGUUGCUCAAUGAUUAUUUAAAAGAAAAGGAAAGGAAAAAAAUGAUUUAACAACUCUUCUCUUCUAGGUGUUGUGGUCAACUAUUAAUAUUAAACUAAACAUAGCCACUCAACACGCAUGCAUGUUGCUUAGAUAUCUGUUAGAGUCUAAAGCUGGCAAAGAGGAGGUGGUAAUGAAACUCAAGAGUCUGGAGUCCAGUGUGAGCACUGGCCGUAAAUGGUUCAGACUAGGCAACGUGGUCCACGCCAUCCAGGCAACUGAACAGAGCAUCCGAGUCACAGACCUCGUGCCCCGCUUCUGCCUUACGCUAGCCAAUCUGAACCGUGUGAUUUAUUACGUCUGUGACACUGUCCUCUGGGUGAAGAGUGUGGGUCUUACCUCUGGAGUCAACAGAGAGAAAUGGCAAAUGUGGGCGGCCCGCCACUACUACUACUUCCUCCUGCUGAGCCUGGUCCGGGAUCUGUAUGAGAUCUUGCUACAGAUGGAUUGGGUUGCCCGGGACAGGGCCAAGAGGGAGAAAUCAUCCCGGGACCCUCCUGGGCACAGUGUGGUCCACGAAGAAGCCGAAUGGCUCCAGUCCUUUAUCCUGCUCUUGUUCCGAUCUCUGAAGCGCCACCCUCCCUUGCUCCUAGACACGGUGAAGAACUUCUGUGACAUCCUCAUCCCUUUGAACCAGCUCGGGAUCUACAAGUCCAAUCUUGGCAUCGUAGGACUUGGAGGUCUCGUGUCCUCGGUGGCCGGCCUCAUCACUGUAGUGUACCCUCAGCUGAAACUGAAGACCCGCUAGUGUUUGGAAUGAGCAUCAGGUUUUGUCACAGGGUCUUACUAGGCUUAAGUUUUUAAUCAUGUGAGUAUCUUAUCAACUUGUGAUGUGAGAAGUGGGACCAGUAAUGGACCAUGCACACUGAUAAUUUUUUUUGUUUUGUUUUGUUUUGUUUUUCAAGACAGGGUUUCUCUGUGUAGUUUUGGUGCCUGUCCUGGAUCUCGCUCUGUAGACCAGGCUGGCCUCGAACUCACAGAGAUCCGCCUGGCUCUGCCUCCCAAGUGCUGGGAUUAAAGGUGUGCCCCACCACUGCCCGGCUGAUACAUUUUUUUAAAUGCUGCAGUGACUUCUGAAUUUCUGAUUAUUUUCCCUUCAGCUAACAUUACUGGGUAUUUUUUAUAGCCAUAGUAAGAGCUUAGUGUUUGCUGAGUGAUAAAAACGGAAAGAAAUCAUAAAAGACCCAGAGAAACUAGAAUUGUGGAUUGGGCUGUGUGUGGGGGUCCUUGAUUUCAGCCAGUACAUCCGAGCUGGAGCACAGCGUUCCUGGCUCUGGUUAAGGCCUCUCUUCUCUCCCGUUGGUUCUUACGCCCCAUCCCCACAGUGGUGGGCUGGAGGGGAGCUGGGCUGAGAGCCUCCUCACGUGUUGGCCCUGGCCGUUGCUGCAGCAGGUCCUUACUGUGUCCAGGGGUCACUCAGAAAGCAUCAGCACCUCUGUGGUGUAAGUUGUGUCUGGGUGGAAGCCUCUGGUGAUACCGUGAGUAAGCAAGGGUGAAAGCGGGUGAGAGGUCACUGUGGUGCCUGUCACUCAGUCCACGACAGAUAAGGAAAUUAACGCUAACAAAGCUGAGGUCAGGGACAGGCCGGGUCUUUCCAAGAUGACUCCUCUGUACCAUCUCAUGACCUUUGCCUUUUUGCCCCCUAACACUCUCCCACACCAGGCCCGGAACUUUAAUCGAUGGUUCCUGUUCUAGUCUGUGAAGAUCAAAACAAUCUAGACUUAGCCAGGUUGAUUUUAUUUAAAGCUACGUAACAGUUUGGGCAAUAAUUUGCAUCAAAACAAGAGAAUGAAAGUGUUCCUGUCUAUGAAUGUAAGAAUGUCAGUUUUCUGUGAUAAAUCAGAUUUACUCAGGGCAGCUGGGAGGGAUGGGAAAGAGCAGCAGGAACAGUGAAGAGGACAUGGG